UAGACCAAUAGGAUUYCUGUUUAAGUUGAGGUCGUGUAUAAGCAGUGUUGUGAUUAGCUCAUUCUGUAAAACAUUUGAACGAUGGUUUAAUAACUUGCAAACUGAGCUAGCCUGCAGUUAUUUUUUGUUAACUUUUUUUUAGGAAUYCCUUUUAAAUUGUGAGACGUGCGACAAAUAACUAGCCAGAGGCUUGCUUUGAACCGCCAUACCAGAGAUGUUCAGGUUGAGUUCCCUGACCCACAUUGACUGGCGCUAGUUAGCUUGCCAAAGUUCGCAAACUAGCUAAAAAGUUGCUACUUGGCUAUCCAAGUUACACGUUUUCUAGUAAUUUUAAAGUAGGUAUUCCAGGUAUUCCAGCCCAGCCGCAUCCCUGGACCCCUGGCCUGGUAACAUGGCGUACCCACCCCGCAAGCGCCUCAAGGUGCUGAGRCCUGCGGCUCCAUGUAACGACCCCUUCGGAGGUGACGAUGACUUCACCCAGGAUGAUCUGGAAGAGAUUGAUAUUAUAGCAUCUCAGGCCGUCAACGGGGAUCUAGCAGGACCAGGGCCAAGCUCCAUUGGUCCUCGACCAGGGGAGUCGAGGAAGCCGUAUUCGGGAAGCAGACAACAACCCUCUGGUCUGGCUAGGAGUAACUCCAUGAGAGACAGAGAGAUCCCUGAGUUUCCAUGUAAAGACACUUUCGGGAACAGACAUCAGUCGAAGACUGACGGGGAGCAUUUAAAGCAACUGGAAGCCCAACAAGCAGACCUCCAGAAAAAGCUAAAGGAGGUAGAGGAGGAGAUCCUGAUGAAGAACGGAGAGAUCAGAGUGCUGCGUGACUCCCUCAGGGUCGCCCAGCAGGAGAAGGAGGCGCAAAGACAGGCUCAGCUCCUCCUGGAGAAGGAGAAGAGAGACGCUCAGAGCGAGAAGGAGAAYGAGCUCUCCAAGAAGGUGCAGUCCCUGCUGUCUGAGCUGCACUUCAAAGAGGCUGAGAUGAAUGAGAUGAAGACUAAACUACAGAACACAGAGAAAGAAGGAAAGCAGUGGCUUCACCUGUCACCAGAAACAGUCCCAGUCUGUCUGGUCCUACUGCCCUGCUGCAGGGUGUGGGUGGUGCCAGCAGCAGCCCUCACUGUGUAGCCAUCCCUGGAGGAACAGCCUUCAUCACCAAGGAGARGUUUGGUGCCCAGCUGCCCUCUAGGUCAACGCCAGGCAAGACCUCCGGACCAGGACACCUCAGAGACGAUUGGAAAACAACAGUCCAGCGGCAGACAGGAAGUGACUCACUCAGACCCGUUUAACACAUUUCAACCCCUCAUCAUCAAGGU